AUGUCUAGUACCAAAAGUAUAACAUCCAAGUUUGAAAAGGAAAUCGAAAAGCAAAAAGAAGGUUCUCUUGGUAAAAAAGAAAAAGUUUGGGCACCUCAUAAAGAUGAUUCAUAUCAAAAACAAACAAAAACAACAUUUAGCGGUAAACCAGCAGCAGGUCCACCACCACCAAAGAAAUCAAUUGAUCAAUUACCAUAA